AUGGCCUCCGACGCGCCACCGGGAGCCGAAGGCCAUCAGAACGAUUUAGGGGUUGCUAUCGCGGCUUUGAAUUCUUGGAGCCACCCGGAGCUUCAGGCCAAGCUGGCCGAACUGGGCGCACCGGUCAUGGGUCCAAGAGAAGAAUUGAUUGACCGACUGAAAACUUAUAUGAUCCAGACGGGCAUUCUGUUGGUGAAACCUCAUGAUGACAGCGGACAGGUAGGUUUUAUGCCUCCCGGGAUGGGAGGAAUGCUGCAGCACGCGCCCAUGGGCAUGAUGCCGCCGGACGAGCAGCUGAAGAUGGCUCAACAUAGAGCGGCAAUGGUCAUGCAGCAGGAGGAGCACGAUUCUCGAGUUCUGGAGGACCAGGAUCUCCUGGAGCAGCAAAACCGGGCCGCCAUGCUGUUGGAGCAGGAACGCCACCAGGACAUGGUCAAGAUGCAGCAGAUUCCAGUGGGCAGGCCCAUGGCCCCCGUCACUGCUGUUCAAAUUGCUCUGGAUCCUCAUGGACAGCUACCCCCGGGCAUCGCCAUGCUAGCAGCACAGAGACACAGACUACCGCCGCCGCCCCCGGGAGAGGACAACAGAGAGAUGUGGCAGAACGACGAUAUCGGCAUCGGGGGGCCCAAAAUCCCCCAGGCACUGGAGAAGAUCCUACAGCUGAAGGAGAUCAGACAGGAGCAACACGUGGACCCCGCAGAAGCGGCGGCGGAGGACGACGCGCGUGCGGGCUCUGGGAAUUCCGCACUCGGAGCGCCCGAGGCGGGAGAUGACGACAGCAGCCGCCUAUCAAAGAAAGACAAGAACCGCAGACGCAGGAACCGCAAGAAGAAGAGCAAAAGCAAACGCGCUCAGGAGAAGGAGCAGAACAGAGUUCAAGAAGAGGAGAAGAACGAGGAGCCUGACGUGGAGAUCGAGUACGUCGCCGAGGAGCCCGACAUCUACGACUCGAGUUACAUCAUCUUCAAGCGCAUCUUUGAUGCCUUCAAGCUCACGGAUGAUCUCAAGAAGGAGAAGGAAAAGGAGCCGGAAAAGACAGAAAAGCAGGAAUUUGGCUUCCUGAGGAAGAAAGGCUUUGAGUUGGAGAAGAAAGACAGCGACGACAGUGAUGAGGAAGUGCGCCCAGAUGUUCCCAAGUUGUCCAAGAAGAAGUUGAGGCGAAUGAAUCGUCUGACUGUCGCCGAGCUCAAGCAGUUGGUAGCUCGUCCGGACGUGGUGGAGAUGCACGACGUAACUGCGCAGGAGCCUAAAUUGCUGGUGCACUUGAAGGCCACUCGCAACACCGUGCCGGUUCCUCGCCAUUGGUGCUUCAAGCGCAAGUACCUCCAGGGCAAGAGGGGCAUCGAGAAGCCGCCUUUCCAGCUCCCGGAAUUCAUCAGGAGGACCGGCAUCCAGGAGAUGCGUGAGGCCUUGCAGGAGAAGGAGGACGCCAAAACCAUGAAGACCAAAAUGCGGGAGAAAGUUCGGCCCAAAAUGGGAAAGAUCGACAUUGACUACCAAAAACUUCACGACGCCUUCUUCAAGUGGCAGAUCAAACCCAAGCUGACCAUCCACGGAGACCUUUACUACGAGGGGAAGGAGUUUGAGACCCGUCUGAAGGAGAAGAAGCCGGGCGACCUUUCCGAGGAGCUGCGCAUUGCGCUGGGAAUGCCGGUCGGCCCUAACUCCCACAAGGUUCCUCCGCCCUGGCUGAUUGCCAUGCAGAGAUACGGGCCGCCUCCGUCCUACCCCAACCUGAAGAUCCCUGGACUCAACUCGCCCAUCCCAGAUAACUGCACCUUUGGUUACCACGCCGGUGGCUGGGGGAAACCCCCCGUGGACGAAAUGGGCAAACCGCUUUACGGCGACGUGUUCGGGACCAAUUCGGGCGACUUCCAGGCCAAAGCGGAAGAGGAAGAAGUGGACCGCACGCCGUGGGGCGAGCUGGAGCCUUCCGAUGAAGAGUCCUCUGAGGAAGAAGAGGAGGAAGAGGAGAGCGAUGAAGAGAAACCGGACGAGACUGGAUUCUUCACACCAGCCGACAGUGGGCUGAUCACUCCGGGAGGCUUUUCAUCGGUCCCCGCCGGCAUGGAGACGCCUGAACUCAUCGAGCUAAGGAAGAAGAAGAUCGAGGAGGCCAUGGACGGCAACGAGACGCCACAGCUGUUCACAGUCCUUCCGGAGAGACGGACGGGCCCGGUGGGCGCCGCCAUGAUGGCCUCGACGCACAUCUACGACAUGUCGGCGGCCAUGGCGGGACGCAAGGCCGGCAUAGGUGACACCCAGGGCGUGGAGGUGGCCUUGGCGCCCGACGAGUUGGAGCUGGACCCCAUGGCCAUGACUCAGAAGUACGAGGAGCAUGUGCGUGAGCAGCAGGCGCAGGUGGAGAAGGAAGACUUUAGCGACAUGGUGGCAGAGCACGCCGCCAAACAGAAGCAAAAGAAGAGGAAAGCUCAACCGCAGGACACGCGAGGCGGCGCCAAGAAGUACAAAGAGUUCAAGUUCUAG